AUGUCUGCGGAGUUUCCUAAUUUAGUUCAUAUAUUAUCGCUUUCAUUUUUUUUUUCGUUACUUUCUUUCAUUCAUUGCUUCUUACAUUCGGUUUAUUUUUCUUUCUUAUUUUCCUUCUUUAUUUAUUUAUUUACUUCCUUCAUUGAUUCUCUCUUUCAUUCUUUUUUCUUUAUUUCAUUACUUUCAUUCAUUCCUUAUUUUUUGUUAGCCUUCUUCUUUCUUUCUUGCUUUUUUUUUCAUUCUUCAUUUACUUCCUACCAUUUGCUUUCUUUCUUUUCUCUUUCUUCCUUUUUUUCUUUCUUUAUUUAUUUUGUUAUUUCCUUUUUUUUCAUAUUUCUUUGCUUCAGUCCCCACAUAAUGUCAUAUAGUCAUUUUUUUUUACUUUCUCCAUUAUCUCUUCGUUUCUAUUCAAUAUUACUUCUAUCUAUCUUUAUUCCCGUUCUUACUCAUUAUCAAUCUCACCCUGUCUCUUUCCCUAUCCAUUUUUCACCCUUCUUCAUGCAGCACCAUCAACAAUUCUCUACACUCAUAGCAGAAAGGUUUAAGAGACGACUUUAG